CAAUCCCCACAAUACAUUGCGCGUGUGACGUAACCCAUUCAGUGCGUACUUGGUUCGUAAAAGAACAGCUACGGCACUGUGUCGUCCGCACUCGGCCCUCAUUUAGGAUAGAGCGUUAUUCAGGAUGGUGGAGCCGCCGCCUCUGUGGGAGCUGAUAGGCACGGGCUUUGUACGGCACUACUACCACUUAUUUGAAAAUGACAGAGCAAAACUCGCAGAUCUGUAUAUUCAGGAGUCAUUACUAACCUGGGAGGGGGACAAACUCCGUGGAAAGGAACCAAUUAUGAAGAAACUCCUUAAUUUGGACUUCAAAAAAAUAGAGCAUACAAUUACAGCACAGGACCACCAGCCUACCCCAGACAACUGUGUCCUCAGUAUGGUUGUCGGACAGCUAAAAGCUGACAACGAUCAGAUCAUGGGUUUUCAUCAGAUUUUCCUCCUGAGGGAAAUAAACACUUCAUGGGUGUGCACCAAUGAAAUGUUCAGGCUGGCCCUUCACAACUUUGCCUAACCGAUUCCUCUACUCUGAUGGGCAGGGGCAGCCAUAGUGAAGGAUGCUGUAUAAUGAUGGAAGAGAGGAAAGACGUGGGCUAAGAGAGAGGAUAAAGCCCAUGCUUACCUCCUUCUGUCUGCUUUGUUUGUUGGACAAGCAUGUAAACACCAGAAUUUAGAUAUCAAAGUCAUAGCCCAGUCCAUCCCAUCCAGUAUACAUACAAUUCCCUUUUGUUUUCUUUGCUGGCGCUCAGCCAUCCUAUCAGACAAGACAUUGGCUCUGCUCUUCGCAAGUUCAUUGUAGGUCAUUCUACUCACUUCUGUUAACAUUUUGUCCAGGCAGUUACAGAUCAAGCUUGGCUUUAUCAGUUGCAUUAUGCAUCUUGCCAUGCUGAGAUGCUAUGAUGUUCACUCUGAAUUGCUCCAGUGUGUGUAGUUGAGUUUUUAAAUCUUCCUUUAUAGAGUGCUUUAUUACCAUGCCAAGUGCUCAUUCCCGUGUCGCCAAAGACUCACAUCAGACCACAGUAAAAUGUUUGACUUGGUUAUGUUGGUCUGCAUUUUUUUCUAUUCAUCUGUCUUUACUUUCUUCCACAGACAUAUUUGGCAUUUUACAUGGACAAAAGCCACAAUUCACAAUAAAACCUGGACUUUUUUUCAUAA